AUGUCUAUUUUAAGUACUUGGACAGAUGAAAGAUUAUCAUGGAAUUCCAGCGACUACGGAGGCAUCACAGAAGUUUUGUAUUACCAGGGUGAGGUAUGGAAACCUCCGUUGAUUCUCUCCACUCCGAUAGAAUUUGUUACCAUAUGGAACGAUGACAUGCACGUUAAAGUCAGCUCGGAUGGAAUAGUGACGAUGGAGAAUGGCCAAGUUUUGGAAUCUGCAUGCACAUUCAACAUGGAAAAUUGGCCAUUUGACAAACAAGUUUGUGAUGUCGGCUUUGUUCCAAUAGACUAUCGACCCAGCCAGGUUUUACUAAACAUUCGCGAACCAGGAGUCGUAGUAAUGUCUACUUUCUCAUCCUCCGAGUGGACGCUGGAACGGCAAACGUUUAUUACAGACUCUAUUGGAUAUUACAGCGAAGCACGUUUUAGAUUUUAUAUCAAACGGCAGUCAUCAUUUUAUGUGUUAUCAAUUCUUCUACCAAUGAUUGGACUCAACGUUAUCAGCACGCUUGUCUUCCUACUGCCAAACGACUCGGGAGAAAGAGUCGGCUACUCUAUAACAAUCAUGUUGUCACUCUCUGUUUUCCUAACCAUCGUAACGGACGAUUUACCCAAAACCUCAAAUCCGGUGUCUCUUCUUUGUAUUUUCCUUAAUAUGUCAAUGUCUCUUUCCUUGUUGAUUAUGUUGAUAACAAUUCUGAACAUGCGCAUUUACUUCAAGCAAAGUGACGAACGACCUGGGAAGUUUUAUAGAGUACUUGUAAAAAUUGCUAAGUUCGAUUUCUUUAAAAACAAUAAAGUAAUGAAUGGCAAAUUCGUUCAACCUAAAGAGCACCGUACCAAUGGUGGAGCUGGACAAUCGAAAGAUGGCCAAUCAGUGGAAGAUGGUGAAAGUUACAAACAUACAAUUGAUGAAUGCGAUGGCAUCGAGAGCACCACUUGGCAAGAAGUUAGUCAUGCCAUCGAUGUGAUAUGCUUUGUUUUCUUCACAGUGUUAACAAGCUUAGGAUCGUUGAUUUUUACUGCAUGUAUGGCGUCUGGAUCAAAGUACAAAGAACCAUAA